CUCGUUGACUCGUUUCCCUACGAGCCUCAACGGGGCAAACUGGUCUGCCGACGCUGCGCAAGGCUCCCACCUGGCAACGAUCCUGCGAUGGGCCAGGAAGCACACUGAGUAAGCGCUUCGUCCGAGCUAACGUCUCUGUUCGUUCGGUGUCUCGCACGUACUUGGUCCCUGGCCCUGGUUGCCUUUUGCCCCCGUCGCAUCGUCCUCGACCUACAACCUUCACGACCCUCGGUCUGCCGCAGCGCCGCGUUGCCCCACAGACGUUGACACAGUCCUCAGCACGACAUGAUAUCUGGAAGGGGGGGCUCCGGGGCCCGCGGUGGGCGCAUCCGACCGCCCCGUCGCUUCGUUCGCUCCAAUGGUGACGGCAGCGACUUUGAAGAGUGCUGGCGCAUGCUUCAGGAGGCUCUACGCGACAUUCAUAACAAGAGUUGCGGCCGGCUAUCGUUCGAGGAGCUCUACCGAGCUGCGUACAAGAUUGUGUUGGGGAAAAAGGGCGAGGAGCUCUACGAUCACGUCAAGCAGUUUGAAGAGCAAUGGUUCGCCGAACGAGUCAUUCCCAAGAUCGAUGUUCUUGUUACCAAGAGUCUCAUCAGCAUUGGGAUGGGCCAGUCGUCCAGCUCCGCCAACGAGAGGCGACAGACGGGCGAAAAGUUUCUCAAGGGAGUUCGAGAUACUUGGGAGGACCACAACAUGUCUAUGAACAUGACUGCAGACAUCCUCAUGUACCUCGACCGAGGUUACACGCAGCAAGAAGCCAGCCGCGUGCCCAUCUUUGCCACGACCAUAGGGCUCUUUCGGGACCACAUCCUGCGCUCCUGCCUCAACGAAAACACCAGCCAGCUCGUCAUGGACAUUGUCAUCUCUGUCAUGCUCGAUCAAAUCAACAUGGAGCGGGAAGGCGAUGUCAUCGAUCGAAAUCUUAUACGCAGCUGCAGUCGGAUGCUGUCAUGCUUGUAUGAGACCGAAGAGGAGAGCGAGAGCCAGACGCUCUACCUGACGGUCUUUCAACCGCGGUUCCUGGCCAGCAGCGAAAAGUUCUAUACGAAUGAGUGCCAGCGUCUGCUGAGGGAUGCUGACGCGAGCACAUGGCUGAGGCAUACGCAGCAGCGCCUGAACGAGGAGGUCGACCGCUGCGGAACUACCGUCGAGCUGGAAUCGUUGCCCAACAUUCUAGCUGUUAUCGACCAGGCGCUCAUCAGAGAGCACUUGCAGGAGUUUCUCACCAUGGAGGGAAGUGGGGUGAGAUGGAUGGUUGACAACGACAAGCUGGAGGACAUGGCCAUCCUGUACAAGCUCAUUUCCAGAAUCGACGAGAAGAAGACUGCGCUCCGAAACAUCUUGCAGAAGAGGAUCGUCGAGCUCGGCUUGGACAUUGAGCAGUCGCUACGGAACACCGAUUUCUCGACAGCCCCGGCCGGCGAGGGAGAGGACGGAGGCGAUGGCGAAAAGACCAAGACGCUCAACCCCGCUGCACAACAAACGGCCGCGGCGAUCAAAUGGGUGGACGACGUCCUCAAGCUCAAGGACAAGUUCGAUACCAUUCUUCACCAUUGCUUCCAGGACGACCUGGUGAUGCAGACUUCGCUGAGCAAGAGCUUCUCCGACUUUAUCAACAUGUUCCACCGAGCUUCUGAGUACGUCUCGCUGUUCAUUGACGAUAACCUCAAAAGGGGAAUACGGGGCAAGACGGAGGCAGAAGUCGAUGCGGUGCUGGAAAAGGCCAUCAUUCUCAUCCGCUACCUAUCGGACAAGGAUCUGUUUCAGACGUAUUACCAGCGCCAUCUCGCCCGCAGGCUACUGCACGGCAAGUCGGAGAGUCAUGACGUCGAAAAACAAAUCAUAUUCCGCAUGAAGCAGGAAAUGGGCCAGCAGUUCACGACCAAGUUUGAAGGCAUGUUUCGAGAUCUCGUCACGUCGUCGGAACUUACCUCGACGUAUCGCGAGCACAUGAAGAACGUCGGCGACGGCGGCAAGACCCUCGACUUGAAUGUCAGUGUUCUGACCACGAACUACUGGCCGCAGGAGAUUAUGGGCCGUAGCGCCGCCAUUGGAGAGGGCUCCCGCGUGUCGUGCAACUACCCACCGGAGUUGAAACGGGUGCAGGCCAGCUUCGAGCAGUUCUACCUGACGAAUCGCAACGGUCGGAAGUUGACUUGGAUUGGUUCUACCGGUAGCGCCGACGUCAGAUGCACAUUCCCUGCCAUUGCCGGAAAGUCUGGGCCCUUGGCACGAGAACGCCGCUACGAAAUCAACGUCCCAACCUUUGGCAUGGUGGUGUUGCUGCUGUUCAACGAGCUGGAGGAGGGCCAGAGCUUGACGUUUGAGGAGAUUCAGGAUAAGACCGGGAUCUCGACGCAGGACCUUAUGAAGACCCUGACGGCGAUUGCGGUGGCGCCAAAGUCGCGCGUGUUGGCCAAAGACCCGGCGAACCGGUCCGUCAAGGCUGGCGACAAGUUCUCGUUCAACGCGUCUUUCGUGAGCAAGACUGUCAGAAUCAAGGCGCCCAUCAUCAACGCGGUGUCCAAGGUCGAGGACUCGCAGGAGAGGAAGACGACGGAGGACAAGAACAACCAGACAAGGGCUCACGUUAUUGACGCCGCCAUUGUGAGAAUCAUGAAGUCUCGAAAGGAGCUAAGCCACGCAAACCUCGUGAGCGAGGUGCUCGGCCAGCUCUCGUCUCGAUUCAAGCCGGAGGUGUCACUGAUCAAGAAGCGCAUCGAGGAUCUGAUUGUGCGAGAGUACCUGGAGCGACCUGACGAGGAGGAUGCGCCGUCCAUGUACCGCUACGUAGCGUGAUGGCUGUCGACGGAGCUUGGGUUGGGUUGGGUGGACUCACGAGUAAUGAAGGAACGGAAUGCAUUUGCAUGUGGCUCGGCGCAAUGGUACAUUUGGAACAUCAGAGGUUGGCCUAAGCACUCUCGGGUGAUGCGGGUUUGGGCUGAGGGUGGUGUAGAUAGAGGCGCUGGUCGGGUAGGCAACGCGCGAGUUCAAUGUAGACGAAGGCCCUCGCUGAGCGUUGGCACAUUGCAACAAUCGCAUCUGAAGGGAAAAUUCGUGGAGGCAGUCAAGGUGGUCUUGCUGAUGGAGCGCUGCUUAGAAAGAGACUACGAGACGGGCG